AUGGGCCGACGGAUCUCCACUGACGCGAAGAGUUGCAGCAAGGACUGGAAAUCGGUGGUGUACACCAGUAAGCCACUCAACUCCGGAGAUGACAUGGCAGGGAUCGUCGAGCAAGUCGGAAAGAAGGUGGUGGGUUUCCGAAAGGGGGACAGGGUUGCCGCUUUUCAUCAGAUGCGUACCGCACACGGCAGCUUUGCAGAGUAUGCCGUUGCCCCCGCCCAUACCACGCUGCAUCUGCCGGACCAUGUUACUUUCGAAGAGGCAGCAACUAUUCCCCUUGCUGCUUUCACUGCUGCGGUUGGAUUAUACCAUUGCCUGCAAUUGACACCCCCAUGGGAGCGGGCGGCUACACCAACUCCUCUCAUUGUCUAUGGGGCCUCCAGUGCUGUCGGGGCGUUUGUGUUGAAGCUUGCUUGCAGAUCAAAUAUCCAUCCCAUCAUAGCCAUCGCCGGCAAUGGGCAGCCCAUGGUCGAGAAGCUGAUUGAUCGUUCGAAAGGGGACUUCGUGGUGGACUACCGGGAGGGCGAGGAGCACAUUAUAACUCGGGUGCAUCAAGCUCUGGAAGAGCGAGGGAUCGACUCCGUCAGACAUGCUUUCGACUGUAUCUCAGAGCAUGGGUCUCCAGAACUGAUGGCCCGGGUGCUCGCUCCUGAGGGACACGCGACAUUUGUUCUCCCCGAGAAGGAUUAUAGUCUCGUGGCUGAGAAGAUCCUCACUUCCCUCACUUUUGUGGGUUAUAUCCAUACAGGACCUUUUCCAGUGGAUGCAAAGAAGGGCAUCAGGUUCAACCCGGACGGCUACGGGAAGGAUUUUGGCGCCGUGUAUUCGAGUGUGUUAGCGAGGGGGUUAGCGGAGGGCUGGCUCAGUGCGCAUCCUUAUGAGCUCGUGGCCAAUGGGUUGAGAGGUCUGCCCGUGGCACUGAAGAAUCUGCGAGAGGGAAGGGCGAGCGCGAAGAAGUACGUGAUUCGUAUCGACGAGACAGAAGGGAAAUGA